UAGUGGAAACCAGCAUAAUGAGGUGUAUCAUCAUUGGAAUUGGGGGUGUUACCAAUGGCGGAAAGACAACUUUGACAAAAAGGCUAAUUGGUAGCCUACCUAAUUGCUGUGUGGUCCAACAGGAUGACUUUUUCAAGCCACCAGAUCAGAUAGAAGUUGGUGAAGAUGGCUUUAAACAAUGGGAUGUGAUCAGAUCAAUAGACAUGGAGGCCAUGGUAGAUACAGUAACAGCCUGGGUCGAAAAUCCUGUGAAGUUUGCUCGCUCUCAUAGAAUAUCCUUCUCAGCCUCUCCUACUUCUGAUGUUCAGAUACUGAUUCUGGAAGGGUUCCUGCUUUAUAACCACAUGUUGUUAGCAAGCAUGUGCACUGAACGCUACUACUUAAACAUUCCGUAUGAUGAGUGCAAGAGGAGGCGCAGUGGCCGCAACUACACUGUGCCAGACCCACCAGGACUGUUUGAUGGUCAUGUUUGGCCUAUGUAUUUAAAACACAGAUGUGAAAUGGAAGAAAGUGGUGUGAAUGUUGUGCCUAUAGAUGGUCUUCUGUCAAAAGAUGAAAUAUUUCGUAGCGUGUAUACAGAUAUUCUGAACAGAUUUCUAAACUCUUCUUAG